AUGCCAUGGGUGGAAGGUGAUGGUGGAUACGGGGAUUUACUGAAAGGGAAAGGACGUAAAAGACGGAAGAUUACAAGGGCCGAGAAAGUUGAAAGAGCUCGAUCUCGUGCUGUAGAGAAGUUGGGGGAAGAGAAGGCCGCUGAUGUGGUAGCGGUGUUUAGGAGGGCGAGUGACGGGGGAGACAAGGAGCAGGCUGAUGGUGUUAUUUUGACCCUGCUGGCCCAAGCCCUCUCACAAAUCGAAGUCGUAGCCCUACUUCAUGUUGGGGGCUAUAGAGUUGCUAGACUUGCAAGGUAUGACCCUGAGGAGGAGGAGCUACGAAAACAACGAAGAGUAGCCUGGCAUGCUGCCACCGAGGAGGAUAAGCAGGCAAUUCUACCUACAUGUAGAUCUACCCAUAAUGAAGAUCAUGAAUACCAUUACCAUGUAAAUAACUUUGAGAGCCAUGAUGAAUCUGGAUUCACAGCAUCACUGGUGAUAAAUGUCAAAGCAGAAGAUGAUGCAAAAAAAUGGAUGAGCGAGUUUGCAGAGUCUUCUCGCACCACAUGGAGGGUAAUGAGAACCUGCCCGACAGCGAAGAAAUAUGUGCUCUUCAAGAAGAUCUAUCGAUGUCAUCAUGGGCAGCAAAGACGGGCUAAGGAAGGGACAUCUCGUCACAGCAAGGACACUGGGUGCUGCGCUAAACUUACUCUCACUGUAAGGAGAACAGUGACACAAUCCGGGAGGAAGAGCAAAAACUCAGACCCCCAUAUCCAGACACAUCCAACACUGGUUAAGCUAGAAUGGAAACAUAACCAUGUUAUCUCCAUUCCUGCUGCACUUAAGUACAGAGAUGCGAGUCCUGAGACCUGUGCAAAACUUGAGGAGCUGUUUAAGAAUGGGAACUCACCAGCCAGUGCACUCAACAUUCUAGAAUUGGAGCUACAGAUACAGGAUCCAGACAAGUACGUCAUGAACUGUGCAGACAGGUCGAUUUGCCCAGAUUUGCACUUUUGUUACCGACUCUAUCACAAGAUCUUCAGAAAGGCCUAUGGUCCUGCAGAUGGUGCAGAUAUGGUCGCAGCUGUUGACGAGAAAGUAAUUGCUAAUUACAACAAAGAAGCAGGGAUGACGUGUGCCAAGAUGAUUAGGAGCAGCACUGGGGAGCUGAUCAUAGGAAUUUGCACUCCACUGAUGCAGCGUGUACACACUUUAAUGACUCACAGCAGCAAACUUGUGUUCAUUGAUUCGACAGGUAUUUCAUAUUUAUGUCCUUACAUACAUGUAUGUAUAAUACCCCAUUCACAGUUGUCAUUAUGCUGUUUUCUGGCAGGCAAUGUUGACCGCCACGGAAGCAGGGUGUUCCUGCUGUUGACACACAGCUCUUCGGGUGGCCUGCCUCUGGGGGUCAUCAUAACGUCGAACGAGCAGGAGCGGACCAUCGUUGAAGGGUUGCAGCUGCUGCAGACCAUCUGUCCAGCUGGUGCCUUUGGGGGAAAUGGUAAUGAUGGGCCAGCAGUCUUCAUUACUGAUGACUGCACCGCAGAGAGGAAGGCCCUCCAUGCUGUUUUCCCCCAAUCUGUACUUCUCCUCUGCUCGUUUCACCUCUUGCAGGCUGUGUGGCGGUGGCUAUGGGAUAGUAAACAUGGCAUCCAAAAACACCAUCGACAGGGCCUGUUCUUCCAUGUGAAGAACAUGGUCUAUGCUGAGGAUGCCACUGCUGUUGAGGCAGCUUUUGAGAGUGCCAUCAGUGAUCCUGCUGUUAUACGGUACCCUGGAUAUAGAGCAUAUAUCAACUCCUUAUAUGAGAGACGACAAGUGUGGGCCCAGGCAUUCAGAAUUGGACUGAGGAUUCGGGCAAACAACACAAAUAACUAUGCCGAAGCCGCCAUGAAGGUCCUCAAAGACUCCAUCCUUCAACGCUCCAAGGCAUUCAACGUGCCUCAGUUAUUAGACUUCAUCCUCUGCAGGUUUGAAGGAUUCUACCAGAGGAGACUUCUGUCAGUUGUCAACCAGCGCCCACUAAAGUGGAAUAUCCAAACCCACAACAGAUCGAAGAUCAGCAAAGAUGACAUUUCCAAAGGGAAGAAGUGA